CCUCCUCUCUAUUCUUCAACUCUCUCAAAUCAGCAGCAGCUCCCAUGGCUUCUAAGCUCUCUUCUCCCACUGCAAUCUUAUCCUCUCUCCCCCAAUUCUCUGGCCUCAAAGCUCAACAACCAUCAACGGUGAAGCUUCCGGCCAAGGCGGGGCGGCGACAUGGGAACGGAGCUCUCUCCGCUCGCUGUGACUCAUUCAUAGGCUCACCAACAAACAUUAUAAUGGUGACGAGCACGGCUUUGAUGUUGUUCGCCGGGCGGUUCGGUCUGGCGCCGUCGGCGAAUAGAGUGGCGACGGCGGGGUUGAAGCUGGAGGCCCGAGACUCGGGGCUGCAGACUGGGGAUCCGGCUGGCUUUACUUUGGCGGAUACAUUGGCUUGUGGUACAGUUGGGCACAUUAUAGGAGUGGGAAUUGUGUUGGGACUCAAGAAUUUGGGAGCUUUGUGAAGAGCAGCUGGAUCUUAUGGAAUUUUUCUGCUCUUUUCAAUUAUGUUGUUA